AUGUUGCGCACUGCUGUUAGGAAUUUUUUCCCUCGCACUAAAGCAAUCUUGAAAAACCCACAAUACCCAGUAAUGCUUAUAAAAACAACACCAUAUUUUCAAACACCACUGGCUCAUACUCAUAUACUUUUUCAUACAACUAGAGCAAUAAAAAAGCAAGAGGCUUUUGCUUAUUUAACACUUUCCCCUUCCCCGUCAAAAAAGACAUUUUUGGCGAAAAUUGAUACUCGUCUAGAAAUUUCAUUUACAUGCAAAGUAUGUAAACAUAGAAGUACAAAACAAAUGUCACGUCAGGCUUAUGAUCAUGGUGUAGUCAUUAUUCAAUGUAUAGUUUGCAAGAAUCAUCAUCUGAUUGCUGACCAUUUAGGAUGGUUCCGUGAUGAACGUACAACCAUUGAAACAUUGAUGGCAGAACAGGGCGAAAAAGUUCAACGGCAAUUAGAGACAGGAGGAAUUCGAAAAGAGGAGUCGAAAAUAUUUGAAUGGAUCCCUGAAGAUAUGGAGCGCGAGAGGAGAUUGAAAAAGAUAAAUGAGAGAAAAAUACUUGAAGAUGAUGAGGAAUUGUAUUAG